CUCAGCCUUCCCGAAAAUGACCAGUACCUGGAAGACGACGACGAAGAAGACAGUCGCAAACAAAUGACAUUCUCUUCCGAGAUUAUCGAGAAGAUUAACUAAGCAAGUUUCGAACAGCAUGUCUUACGUGCCGCUGCCAACAGAGGACGUGAUUAUCGAGAACGAGGCUUCUAACGAAGCAAUCUCUCUAACUUCUCAAGAGGACGUUCACAAUUCACCUCAAAAAAAUUUUUUGGGAGGGGCAGGAACCGAAGCACCACCAAUACGGAAUCUACCAACAACUCCAUCACAAGCCACCAGCAGCGAGGAACUCCCCGUCGUUAUUGAUACAAGACUCAGUGGUCACUACGAGUCCCCUAACGAUCUCACCAUCCAUUCUUCAACAACAUUACACAGUUCUGCCAGAUAGCUCAUUUCCUGGAGGUCGUCUAUAAAAGUUUACGCACAAGUGGAGAGAGAUGAUGAAUCGCCCAUGGUGGGUGUCCGUCAUAUCCAAAGGUUAUCGGACUCAAUGGUCUUCCAAACCAAUUCCAUGACGACACAAAGAAAUGACAUUUAAAACCGAAGAACAAGUAGCCGUCGAUUCAGCAGUGGAGAAGUUCUUUCCUGUCAAAGUUUUUUACAUCACUAGAAGCAGCCAAGAAACACCCGAUUUUGGACUGUCGCCGAGUCAAUCAAUGUAUCCAAGCAGAAUACAAGUUAAGAAUAUGGAAUAUUGAUAUCGUAGU